GGAAUCGGGGACAUAAAGGAUCAUCACAAACGAACACUCACAGAUGAAUCGUACACCGAAUUGCUGGAACUCCGAAGCCAGCUACAGGCAUUACUGGUCAAGAAACAUUACCGGCAACUACAGAGAUCAAAAGCCUUGUAUUAUAUACAUGCGAACAAAGGGGGCAGGUUUUUGGCUCGCAUGCUCAGGGGACACACAAACGCUUGCGCAAGUACACAAGCUAAAACUAACCGGUGGAAGAACGACUCAGCACCCCGAAACGAUAGCGAAUGCGUUCCGAACAUACUACACCCAACUGUACAACCUGCACGUACAGCCUUCUACGAUCCCAACACACACCAGGAAAAGGGAAAUCCAACAAUACCUGACACGACACCUCGCCAAACACAUAACUCGAGAAGAAGCUGA